ACGAACCUUUAUCGCAAGCGCUACUAGGCCAAAUCAUUCACGAUACUACUCUCUCCGUUAGCUCGAGGCCCUUUACGUUGCGCUAGCUCUCUGCGUUAGGGAAAAAUAGCAUACGGAAAUGGAAGAAAAAAGGUCAAGUCUUGAGUCACCAUUGAUUCCAAUAGCACAAGGAAAGGCAUUAGAAUCUAGAAAGGGAUUCGACAAAGAGGAUAUUAUAGCAGAGGUGAAGAAGCAGCUGUGGUUAGCAGGGCCACUUGUGCUGGUUAAUCUCCUGGUGAACGGUUUGCAGGUGAUCUCAAUCAUGUUUGUGGGUCAUCUUGGAGAGCUAGCUCUUGCUGGUGCUUCCAUGGCCAGUUCUUUUGCAUCAGUAACUGGUUUCAGCUUGUUGAUUGGAAUGGCAAGUGCAUUAGACACAUUCUGUGGUCAGUCCUACGGUGCAAAACAGUAUCACAUGCUUGGUAUACACAUGCAGAGGGCUAUGCUUGUUCUUCUACUGGUCUGCAUUCCCCUUGCCCUUAUAUGGGCCAAUGCCGGCCACAUCCUUGUAUUCUUGGGACAAGAUCCAGAAAUCUCAGCUGAAGCCGGUCUUUAUGCUCGGUUCAUGAUACCUUGCAUUUUUGCUUUUGCGAUCCUUCAGUGUCAUGUUAGAUUCUUAAAAACCCAAAGUAAGGUAGCUCCCAUGGUGGUUAGCACUGGAGUUACAACAUUAUCUCAUAUACUCAUUUGUUGGAUUCUGGUAUUUAAGUCCGGCCUUGGAAAUAAGGGCGCGGCUCUGGCAAAUGCCAUAUCUUAUUGGAUCAAUGCAUUGUCAUUGAUAAUUUAUGUUCGAAUAUCUCCCUCCUGUAAGAAGACAUGGAAUGGAUUUUCAAAAGAAGCAUUUCGUGGGAUCCUUGAGUUUCUAAAACUGUCCAUUCCCUCGGCUGUAAUGAUCAGCUUCGAAAUCUGGUCAUUCGAAAUGAUGGUUCUUUUAUCUGGUCUUCUACCUAACCCAAAGCUUGAAACAUCAGUGCUGGCAAUCAGCCUUAACACAUGUUCGUUGGUUUAUAUGAUACCCCUCGGGCUCAAUGGUGCAGCAAGCACAAGAGUCUCAAAUGAACUGGGUGCUGGGAGACCGCAAGCAGCUCGCCUAGCAGUACGUGUUGCUGUAGCGAUGGUUGCUACAGAGGGCAUUCUGGCAGCCACUAUCAUGAUAGUGGGUCGUAAUGUUUGGGGCUACUGUUACAGCAAGGAAGAAGAAGUAGUAAGAUAUGUGGCAGAAAUGUUGAUCUUGAUUGCAGUCUCCCACUUUUUUGAUGGUCUUCAAUCUGUGUUUUCAGGCACUGCAGCAGGGUGUGGAUGGCAGAAGAUAGGGGCUGUUGUUAAUCUAGGAGCUUAUUAUGUUGUGGGCAUUCCCACGGCUAUCGUAUUAGCUUUUGUCUUCCAUUUUGGUGGAAAGGGACUGUGGUCGGGAAUUAUAGUAGCAUUGUUUGUGCAAGCAUUGGCCUUGGCGAUAAUAACUCUAUGCACUGAUUGGGAGAAAGAAGUGAAGAAAGCUGAUGAUAGAGUACAUAAUGCAAUGACCGCAUCACAGUCUUGAAAGGCACAAAGCUAGAGGACUUGAGCAAGAAGCUAGAGGAACAAGUUAUUCGCUUGUUUAUUUCUCAUUAGCUAGCUGUUUGUAGCACGUUUGGUAAUAUUUGGUUCUGCAAUAUUGUGGCAGCCGUACGUGGUUUUGGAGGCAGAGCAGCUUCUGAUUGAAACUAAUUAAUCGUGUUCGGAAAGGGUGAAUUUCCAAAAUUUUCUCAA